GCUGCACGGGGCAGCAGGAGGCAGGAUGGGCUCCCCCGCGAGCAAUGGGACGCAUUGCAGAAAAGGGGGGCGGGGAGGCAGAACCUCGCCCCGGGUUGCUUGAAUCUGCCCCCAAGCAAACCGGCCGCCUCUGAUGGGGCUGGUAACGCGCUUCUCUCCCCCCCCCCCGCCGCCGCCGCCUGCAAACAGCUGAUCGAUCCCAGCCCCACGUGGCGUGAUGGAGCGACUCGGGGGGGGGAGCCAGCCUUGCCGUGCAGCGGGUCCCGCUCCUGUGGGGCUGUGCCCCCCUCCCCCGGCAGGGGAUGAUGGGAGGUGUCUGCAGAGGCAGAAGGGCUUUAUCCUGGACGGGGUGGCCGUGGACACGCUGGCUGGCAGCUACACGCACAUCCCGCCCAAGCUGUGGUCCGCCUUGCCCCCUUACAACGCCCAGCUGGAUGGCCACGCCGCAAGCUACUUCGCAUCCCCCGCUGUCAAGUCCCUGCUGAAGAACACGGAGCAGCACCAAGGUGGUACAUCCAGGGAUGGUUGGAUAGUGGAUUAUUUCCACAUCUAUGGGCCAGGGCAGAGGUACCUGAACAGAAGGAAUUGGGCAGGUGCAGGCCACUCUUCUGAGCAGGUGGGCGGCCACUACAGCUUCCUGGCAGACGUGAAGCCCAUGAAGGGCUACAAUGGGCGCUUCGGCUACCGUCGCAACACCCCAGACCUGCGGGUGAAUUCGUCCUGCUUCGGCGAAGUCACUUUGUUCCCGCUCCACUGAUGCCGAACGAGCUGCUUCUCACAUGCCUUGGAUGCCAUGGAGACCUGGAGACACUGAUUAGGAGUAAGAAAUGGGAACUAAAAUAAAAUAUUUGUUCUCGCUUGUUCUAUUUUAA